AUGAACUGGUUAUUAAAAAGAAAAAAGAAGAAAAUUAAUGAUAAAUCUUCACAUAUUGAAAUCUAUCACAAUAUUCAGUUUCCAUUAGAUGAUAUACUUGCUGUUCUUUAUCCACUAUUUGGUGCAUAUUAUCCUUACGAUGAAUUUAUUUACAUGAUAUAUACAACUAAUCAUAUUUUUUGUGCCUAUGAUAAAAUAAAAAAUCUUUGUAUUGGAUGUGCAUUACUCAAUAAUGCUGAUGCAAAUGGAGGUCUUUAUGUAAUGUUAUUUGGUGUACUACAAACAAACCAAAGUCAAGGUACAGGCACACAUUUGUUAGAGUCUGUUAUUAAUUGGGCACGUCAAACAGGAUAUAAAUAUAUAUUCUUAGAUGUACAUGUUGAGAAUUUUAAAGCAAUUGGUUUAUAUGAAAAAGUUGGUUUUCUUAAAAGUAGUUUUCUACCCAACUAUUAUAUUCGUACACCUAAACGUCCACCACAUGCUAUUCGAAUGAUUGUAUCGUUACAACAAUAG